AAGUCCCGCCCCUUUUCGCCCCAACUGGCGUUGUGUUCAGCAACACGGUGUACGCGUGGAAUUCGAUUGACAUUAACACCAACCAAUGGCCGCACGAAAUCAAACAGCUAUGGCGACAGUGGUUCGUCUGCUGAUUUGCAACCCGCCGAAACAUUAUCGGGGAAGAAGGAGGCCUUCGUUCGGCUCGAGAUGGACUGUUCCAGGAUCAGUGCCGUUUAAAUAGGACUUUAACAGUAGCGCGUGUCAUCCAGACAUAUUUUUUGAUCACACUGCAAUAAAAGCCCUUUAAAUGACUGUUCCAGUUACUGUCAUUCUAGAAGAGGCAAAAAUACUUAAAACUACUUUGUCUGAAACCAAGCAAAACUUUGGUUGUCACUAUAUACUUUGCAAAUGGAUCCAUCUUCUGGAAUGCACAUGCCUGCUGGUCCGCCAAACAGUGAGGUGGUUCAUGUGACUGUUGGGAAUCCUAUCAUAAACAUGUAUCAGGCUCCUCCACAGGCCCCCAAUAUUGCACAGAUUAUUGCACAACAAGUUAUACCGCAAGAUGUCACAUGUCAAACUGUACCACAUACAAUUUCUUCACAAGUUCAGAUAGCAACACAAGUUCAGGCUUCUAUGCACGGUCAUGGUCAAGGACGGGGUCAGUCUCAAAGCCAUGGCCAGUCGCAGAUGCAAUCUCAAAACCAUGGCCAGUCGCAGAGUCAUGUACAAUCUCAAAGCCAUGGCCAGUCGCAGAGUCAUGUACAAUCUCAAAGCCAUGGCCAGUCGCAGAGUCAUGUACAAUCUCAAAGCCAUGGCCAGUCGCAGAGUCAUGUGCAAUCUCAAAGCCACGGCCAGUCGCAGAGUCAUGUACAAUCUCAAAGCCAUGGCCAGUCGCAGAGUCACAUGCAGCCUCAGAAUCAUGGACAAUCACAAAGUCACAUGCAGCCUCAGAAUCAUGGACAAUCACAAAGUCACAUGCAGUCUCAAAACCAUGGGCCACCACAAGUCCAUGUUCCACAAGGCUCAUCACAAAGCGAGAGUGUUGCAGCAUCUCAGGAUGGUGCCAGAUCAUCACUACAGGUCCCCUUUGCAGAGGUCGCUUCUCUGCUCGAUCCAAACAUGAAGAGUUCAAAAGCCAGAAAGUACCAAAUCUAUUAUGAGGAAGUAAAACGGAGGUUGGAGCCCCCUGAGAAGAUGUCACUUAGAUCUCUGGCUGCCUACACUAGAGUGAGUAGGGGUCCAGCCAGUAAAAAAACCCUCCUGGAAUCACUGAAUGUGUUUGGUUUGUCACCAAGCACCAACACAGCAGUAUCUAGUACUUUCUCCAAACUCACCGAGGGUGACACCGCAGCACUGUGUAAAGAUAUGAAGGACUUUGCCUUACAGUAUGUGGAUUAUGAAAAUAUGGCAAAACAGUUACUGCCAGAAACGAACCAGGUUCAGCACUGGUCAAAAAUUAUUGAGACAAGGAAUUAUCUGGAAGAGAUGCGGAAGGUUUUCAAAGACCCUAUUAACAGCCGCCUGUUCUCCAACGUCACACACGGCCUCGGAAAUGGAGUGAUGGAUGUUGCGCUUGACAUCAUCGAUACCGUCAUUGACCGGCAGAUCCGUAUCCUCUCGGGGAACACCGAUCCCAAACCCGAGCCACCUCUCAGGAGGAUCCGAAAACGCACACGCAAACCCAAGGCUGCCGUGGAGGACGGCAAACCCAAAGAGAAAGCCAAAAGAGGCAGGAAGAAAGGCAAACAGAUGCGAUUGGACACUGCUGACCCACAGGUCCCACAGUCUACAGACAUUGAGAGUAGUGUACUGACUCUGGUGUCUGUGGGAUAUGAGACCAUAUCGAGUGGCCUCAGUACCACCAGCACUUUAUAGUAGUGCUGUGAAACUGUGUGCAUGCUGAGUGUCGACUUAAAGCACAUUUAGCUUUAUAUUUUUUAGAUUUUGUUUAAAUGUCUUCAUCUACAUGUCCUGUAUUCACUGGGUGUCUAAACGUUCUCAUUAAGGAACGGGUGUGUGGUUUAUAUAAUCCAAGACGUUUUAAUAAGAACAGGCUUUUUUAUAUGUAUUAUUUGUAGAUUUCUCAUGUUUUGCUUUUAAUGAAGAACAAGUGUAUACAAACAGGAUCUGUAAUCCUGAAAGAACUGAUGUUUUGUGAAGUGCUGCGCAUGAUUCAUAUGAAUAAAAAAAAAAUCUUUGAAAUGUAAUGCGUUCAUCCAGAUAUUGUCAUCACAACUAAUUACCUCAUCUUUGUUAUGAAGAGGGAUAUUUAGGAAAUGUUUAAAUACUUUCUUUUCCUUUUUAUUUAUACAUAUUGUAAGAAAUUACAGAAAUUGCACCCAAAUUCCACCCCAAGGUACACAUCUAAAAAAGAGCUCAUUCCUAAGAAGUAUCAUAAGGUACUGUAAUACGUUUAGGACUCUAAACGUAUAAACUUUAUUCAAUUAUAAAUAUGGGAACGGCAGCAGGACAUUAAGGAUCACCGCGAGUACCAUUUAAAGUGAUUACUUGGUUGAUAUCAAUACCAAGCCAAGGCCUACGUGGCCGCGAUCACCAUUUAAAGUGACCACUUGGUUGAUAACUGUAACAAUACCAAGACAAGGUGUACGUGACCAUGAUUAACAUUUAAAGACAUCAGCUAGACAGCAAGGUGUAGCCCAGCCAUUUGGGAGACAUUCAGUUCUUAUACUCAAUACACAUUCAAAGCAGAACUUCAUUUAAAUUACCAAAAGGGAAAACAGUAUAAAAUGCUUGAGCAGGAUUUGCUCGGGGUUCUUAUUGACUCUGAUGAACCCAAAGUAUGUCAUGUAUUUUGUCACAGCUAUGCUGGAAUAAACUUCUUGUUCUUCAUUAA